GAUCUUCGUUGGACCUAGUACCGACUACAACCCGGCGCCCUGCAGUUGCUCACGCCAAAACGGUUGUGCUCGGCGGCAAGAACGGAUGGCCUUAUGUCGGGCAAAACCAGUGGUGGACGAAAAGACCAACAAUCAAGCUUGGUGAUACUUUAA